UAACACAAAAGGAAAGCAGAGCUGAACAGAGCAAAACUGAGAGAGAGAGAGAGAGAGAGAUUCGGUUCCUUUGGCUUCGUCCUCAGCUUCAGCUAGAACCUUCAUCCCUAAAUCAGAUCUUGUUUCUCCUACAGUGUCCCUUUCUUCUCUGUUUUUCCAGAAAAUUCCCUCUCCUUCCUUCCUUCCUUCCUUCCUUCCUUCGUUCGUUCUUCUGUUUCUCUGCAGUCACAUAGAGAGAAAGGGAGAGAUUAGUAUAUAGUACUGUUCUUAUCAUUCAAUCAGCAGCUACUCAUCUGGGGAUUCUUUUGAUUGAUUGAUACUGUUUAGAGCGGCAUGUAUGGCGGCAAGUUUUCUGUGAAUCUACUUUCUUGGUCUGGAAAUUAGGAUCCCCUUUUGCAUUUCAGCAAAAUGUCAAGUGUUGAGGGAAUUGUGGUUAAUGAUGAAUAUAGAGAGAGAAGAUCUGAUUUUGAGAACUCUGAAGAUGAAAGACGGCGGUCAAAAAUUGGUAAUCUCAAGAAAAAGGCUCUGAAUGCUUCGAAUAAGUUCACCCAUUCUCUUAAGAAAAGAGGGAAAAGGAAAAUAGAUUAUAGGGUUUCUUCAGUUUCCAUAAAAGACGUGAGGGAUGCAAAAGAGGAGAGUGCUGUCCAUGAUUUGCGCCAAAAGCUUCUCGAAAGGGAUUUGUUGCCUCCCAGGCAUGAUGAUUAUCAUGCUUUGUUAAGAUUUCUGAAAGCUAGAGAGUUUAACAUUGAUAAAACAAUCCAGAUGUGGGAAGAAAUGCUUAACUGGAGGAAAGAAUACGGGACAGACACAAUUUUAGAGGAUUUUGAGUUUGAAGAGCUGGAGGAAGUCUUGCAAUAUUAUCCUCAAGGUUACCAUGGAGUUGAUAAGGAAGGGCGGCCAGUUUACAUUGAGAGGCUUGGGAAAGCUUAUCCGAGCAGGCUAAUGCGUAUCACCACUAUAGAGCGGUAUUUGAAGUACCAUGUCCAAGAGUUUGAGAGGGCCAUACAGGAGAAAUUCCCUGCCUGUUCUAUUGCUGCAAAGAGAUGGAUAUGUUCGACGACAACCAUAUUAGAUGUGCAAGGUUUGGGCAUUAAGAAUUUUACUCGGACUGCUGCAACUCUUUUGGCUUCCAUAACGAAGAUAGAUAACAGUUACUACCCUGAGACAUUGCAUCGGAUGUUUGUUGUUAAUGCUGGUCCAGGCUUUAAGAAGAUGCUCUGGCCAGCAGCACAGAAGUUUCUGGAUGCAAAGACUAUUGCCAAGAUACAGGUUUUGGAGCCCAAAUCCCUGCCUAAGCUCCUGGAAGUUAUUGACUCAAGUCAAUUGCCAGACUUCUUGGGUGGUUCUUGCUCUUGCUCGGUUGAAGGAGGGUGCCUUAGAUCCAAUAAAGGUCCAUGGAAUGAUCAUGGAAUAAUGAAGCUUGUACAUAAUGCAGUACCAGCUGUUGUGAGGGAAAUCUCCAGAGUGUCUAAUGAUAAGCAGGAAUUUGACUCAUACAAUCAGGUAUGCCCUCUGAAGGGAAAAAGCAGUGAUAAAUUAACAGCAAAAUCAGGGUCAGAUAUUGAUGAUCAUUCUUCUCCAUUUGGACCAAGGAGUUCUACAUGUGCAUGCUUGGCCCCAGUUGAUGAAGAGGUGAGGGCAUCUGAUCCAAGUAUCUUCUACAGUUGUGAUGACAAUUUUAUUCUGGCUGAGAAAACUGUUCAUAGAGGGGGGUGUUCUGAGGAUCAAUCACUUGGAAUCAACAAUUUGGGGAACAUUCCCUUUCAAGUGACAUCAAAUCUGGAAGGUUUAUUCAUCCGUUGGUUUGACAUUGUCAAGGAAAAGGUUGGGAAAACAAGUAUCCCAAGCACAGCGAGAACCCUGAUAUCUUUCAUGGUCAAACUUUUUCGUAGUUUUCCAUUAGAGUAUUGGAGAAGGCAGAGCAACAUUUAUCCAUCUAAUUUGAUGGAACAUAACACAGUUAUCCAUUCAACUGCUCUUGAAGAUGUGAAUGAAGAAGAUCAUGUACGUCCAUGUAUAGAACGUCUUCAAAGACUAGAGAAAAUAUUUGAGGAAGUUAGCAACAAACCUGCUGGAAUCCCUUUGGAAAAGGAGAAAAUGCUAACAGAAUCUCUGGAGAGGAUCAAGUCUGUGGAGUUUGAUCUUGAGAAAACAAAGAGAGUACUGCAUACUACAGUGGUAAAGCAACUUGAGAUCACUGAGCUGCUAGACAAUCUACGGGAGUCUAAAUGUCGUCAAAGAAGAUUGUUCUGCUGAGUAGCUGAAGUUGUAGCGGAACAUCAGAAACUAAAUAGUUGGGAGACUAUGCACAGAGUGAAACUAUUUAGGCAUCAAUGGUGGCGGGAGGCCAUACUCUGAAAGGAGCAUCACUACUACUACUUUUUUUUUUCUAGUAGAAAGACGAGGCAGGCAAUCUUUUUUUCCCAUUAACCAUUUUCCUUCAAUCUUGUAAUUUCUUGUUACAGUCGAUACUUCACUAAAAUUAUAGUAGUUAAGAUGAGCAUUUCUUCCUGAUGUUAGCUUCGAUUGUGUAGAGAAAAACAUGAAAAAUUGUCAAUGGAAUGCUUGAUAUCAACCAUACUA